UUUCUUGUUUUCCAAGAAAAAUCCAAUUCUCAUGAGCGGCUGAGGGUGGACGACUUGUCCACCCGAGUGGCUGAAAGUCCUACAGAAAUAUGAAUAAGUCUUGCUAUUCGCGGAAAUCUGCGUCGUACUCGGGAAGUGAUCUUAGUGAAAUGAUUUCGCAAUCAAAGCUUGGCUCGGACCGAGAAGGAAGGCUUUCCGAGUGUCUUCGUGGAUUAGUUAUGCGGACGGGACGGUCUGAGAAGUCGACGGAAAAGCGUGAACACUUGAUCGACAUUGACUCUGACGUCAAAGCCGACGAGGAACAUGAGUCACUGUUGAGAGAGUACACCUCACUGAAAGAAUUGGACGAGAAGCCGACGGGAUUUGUCCCAGGAGUUUCCAGUGUUCCGGCCUGCAAACCAAGUGUUGCAUACGUUAAUGUUGGCGAAGAUGAUCAGAUGGAAAUCUACGGAUAUGAAAGAAGCUAUUUGAAAACGCUGCUCACCAGCAUCAUGGUGAUCUUCACCUGUGGUCUUGGCUGGCUCGUGUUGCACUGGAAGCCUGAGUGGAUGGUCUACUGCACACAACGACGUGCAGAGUUGGACAAGGCCACAACGGUUUUGCUUGUCGAGUUGUAUCAAAAAUGGACGGAGUACUUCCCGAAAGCGGUUCAAAUACGAGAAGCCGGAAACGGUCCUCUGCUAAUUGUGCCCGAUGCUGAAGGAACGUUUUUUGAAAAGAAAAGCAUACGAUUUUUCACUUGCAAGAAGUGCACGUAUGUUUGGGACGAGGACGGGAAGGAAUUUCAACGUCUCGGCGGAUUGACGAAUGCAACCAACACAUCUCUGCUGGAAUCCACGGGCUUGACGGCGUCGGAGCAAGUUCAAAGGCAAUCCACGUUUGGCGCCAAUUUGAUCCACAUCCGCAUGAAGUCGAUACUGACGCUGUUGUUUGUGGAAGUGCUGAACCCGUUCUACAUAUUCCAGCUAUUCUCGGUUUGCCUGUGGUACUCGGAUAAGUAUUAUUACUAUGCUACAGCCAUCAUAAUCAUGUCUGCCGGUGGCAUUGGGUCGACGAUUUACCAAACGAGGAAGAACCAACGAGCACUCAGAAGAACUGUGCAUGCUUCGGACACCAUCGAAGUCUGUCGUGGCAGUGGAGUGUACGAGCAGGUGUCAACCGAGGACCUGGUGCCCGGGGAUGUGGUGACGAUCCCGGCACACGGAUGCCAGAUGCACUGUGACGCCGUGCUCGUCACCGGCAACUGCAUAGUGAACGAAAGUGCACUCACAGGCGAGAGUGUGCCAGUGACGAAGACGCCGAUUCCAGCGCGACCGGAAGGGGAAAUGUACGAUGCCAAGGAUCAUGCUCGACACACGCUCUUCUGUGGCACCUUCGUCAUCCAGACCCGGUACUAUGGGUCAGAACGAGUCCGGGCUGUCGUCACUCGCACCGGUUAUGCAACGAACAAGGGAGGAUUGGUGCGAUCGAUCAUGUACCCCAAGCCCGUGGAUUUCAAGUUCAACACAGACUCCUAUCGUUUCAUCGCGGUGCUCGCUGUGAUCGCUUUCGGCGGCCUCAUCUGGACGACAGUGACGAAAGCCCGUCGAGGACUGACAGGGAGUGACAUUGCCUUGGACUCCCUGGAUCUCCUGACGAUCGUCGUGCCACCUGCUCUGCCUGCUGCCAUGACCGUCGGCAUCAUGCUCGCCACUCGUCGACUCAAGCUGGCCCAGAUCUUUUGCAUAUCGCCGCGAACAGUGAACGUUUCCGGGUUGAUUGAUUGCGUGUGCUUUGACAAGACCGGAACACUGACUGAAGAUGGGCUGGACUUGUGGGGCGCAGUUCCGAUUGAGCACAAGGACGGCGUGGGUGGUUUCCGGUCGCCGAUGAAGGCCGGGGAUUUGCCGAAGGUGCGCCAGUCGACGCCGCUGAUUGACGCCAUGGCCAGUUGCCACUCGCUCACGCUCAUUGACGGCAAACUCACUGGAGACCCGCUCGACGUCAUCAUGUUCGAAUCGACAGGAUGGACUCUGGAAGAGCCGCAGGUGGCAGACGAGGCAAAAUACGAUAUGAUCAUACCAACUAUUGUGAAACCUGGGUCUGCUCAAUCUACAGUAACGGAAGUUCCCGACGAGGUCAAUGCGAAUGCAAAGUCAUUAAGAUCAGAGCACUUCGAACUGGGCAUCAUCCGGCAAUUCCCAUUCACGUCUUCGCUGCAGAGAAUGUCGGUCAUUGUGAAACCAUUGGUGGACAUUGAUGAGGUCGGUGAAGAGUGUCCAGACGAGCCCGAAGAAGAAAGUGGAACGGGUCAAGCUGUCAAAUCGUCCAACAUUGACGAUGAAGAGGAUGCGACUGGUUUCCGUCUGUUUGCCAAGGGGGCCCCGGAGAAAAUUGUUUCUCUUUGCCGUUCAGAAACUGUACCGCAUGAUUUCAACGAGGUGUUGGAAAAGUACACGGAAAAGGGCUACAGGGUGCUCGCAGUGGCUCAUCGUCGACUCGACAGCUUCAAGUACCUGCGCCUUCAACGAGCC